CUUUAGUUUAAAGUAAUCACAACAAGAAUUAAUUAGUGAAAUGGAUGUGAAAGUCAAGGAAAGACUUUGUCAAGUGUGUGGCGAAAGUAAACAAAUAGGUAGAAAUUUUUGUGCCUUUACCUGCGAGUCGUGUAAAGCAUUUUUCCGGAGAACUGCGCUCAAGACUAUACAAUUACACUGCGCUUCAAACGGCAAAUGCGAGAUCAAUGUACAGACGAGACGAUUGUGUCCGAAGUGUAGACUUAAAAAGUGUUUCGACAUCGGGAUGAGAAUUGAUUUCAUACGAAGUGAAACGGAUAACAAAAUUCGCAGACAAUUGAUGAUUGAAAAGAAAAUGAAAAAACUAUUGCAAGACAUGAGCGCAUAUUCUGGCGAUUCUUCGGACAACGAUUCAAACGCUAAUUCCGGACAAGAAUUUCCAGAAUCCGAUGGCAACAGCAGUGCCAUCGAUGACAUGGAUGACUGGAUUGAACACACCUGCGAUGACUCGCAAGGAUCGAGUCGACAGGUUAUGGACAUAAAAUACUGUCUGUCGGGAAAGUCGGAUAUAUUAACUGAAAUCCGACAAAAGGCACAGAAACUAGCGGUCAUUCCGAUGUGCAAAACGCUGACCGACUAUAACGGCAUAAAUCAGUUGGAAAGCCGUCGUAUCGACGAGCUAUUGGUGGCGACCAACGUAUUC